AGCUUCGUUAAGGUAGCGGAAGCACUAGCGCGCUGCGUCUCCACUCCUGCGUGAAUCCACGAGUCAUCAAACAGGUCUGGCCAUGUCGAGUCUUCACCUUCUGUCGCUGCUUGUUGCAGUGUGGAUAACUGUGGUUGUCGGAGAUCCACUGAGAGCCGAGAGAAUCCGUCGAGGAGUCGGUUCACAAUUUCCUGCAUCGGGGAGGAGCCUCUUGACUGAGGCAUCCGUUGGCCACGUUCUGGUAGCCGCACCCAGAGAUUCCCGCCUCAUCAAUGUGCAGCCAAAUAUUCCGGCUCUAGAAUAUCGUUUGCCUGACAACUACACGCUGAUCAUAGCAAAUCCAGUGGAUAACUUCAGAUGCAAUGACAGACCUUAUGGUUACUAUGCUGACGUCGAGAACGAUUGCAAGAUCUUCCACGUGUGUCUGCCUCUCCAGCAACUGUACCCCCUUAACUUCACAGCUCCCAUCACUUACCAGUUCUCCUUCAUCUGCAACUUUGAAACGCAGUUUAGCCAGGACAGCAUGACUUGCGCUUGGAGAGAUGAGGCGCUUCCGUGCGAGUUAUCUCCUGAGCUGUACUCUCUGAAUAUGAACUUCGGCAGAAAGGUUCUUACAGAUGAUGGCAAAGGAGAAAGAUACGCCAAAGUGAACGAACCUCUCCCUUAACUCCAACCGGUUGUGUUGCGGGUGUCGGGCACUGUGGCGCAGAGCUGAGUGGGGCAUAAGGGCAACCACUUUCUUGGAAGUGUCUUGAUCUUCUUUGUGUGUCCAUCUUGCAAGUGAGCAUACAAGAACGAUCUACCGUAUGCUGUAACAAACUAUGCAAAAGAUUCACUGCAAAUAGUACAGUUUUGCAUUCUAAACGGUGUAAGUUGUUAUUUGGAGACUACGGGCUCAUUUUCAUAUUUCAGCUAAAUGUGUAGUGUUACGUGCCACACAGUGUUACGUGCGUUACUGAAACAAAGACCUGAGCCUAAUUCACCUUUGGCCACACUGCUUCAAGGCUUCACCUCUAAUGGAUCGUUAAACUUGAAUAUCAAAAUAUCCAUGCAUGUCUACGCACAACAGGUUUGCGUGAUGGUGCACCGCCCUGCUGCUUCCAUCUGUCUCUAUGCCAUAGCCCAGCAGAAAAAAAACUCCAAAUUUCUGUGAGAGUGUGCCUUUGCUAAGCAUGUCGCUAGAUUAACUUAGAUGACGGACAUUCCUUACUCGACGUACUAUCGUCACUCCUAGAGCACAUAUCAAUCACGCAUGUUCACUCAAAGAUCCUCUUUUUAUUAUCAUUGGCUGGGUUUUUUGGAAUAAGAAAAUGUAAUAAAGUGGGUUGAUUAUCUGUGAGUGUGUACAUCAUGUUAUUGCGUUUAGUGCCAGUCAUCAGUACACUGCUUACUCACAAUGCGUUGAUUGUCUUAUGUUGUGGACCUCCUACCCAACAACAAAUGUUUCCCCUUUCUAUACCCUGCAGGGCGGUCUUGUACUGAAUGGGCAGCGCCAAGGCAGGCUGUGCUCUUGCUUUUAUAUUAACCAGGGCAUUACUAUAUUUUCAUCAUUGCCGUGUUCACUAGUGAUCACACGCACUUACAACGGGCAUUAGAACACCAUCUGUAUAGUGUGUGUGUGUGUGUGUGUGUGUGUGUGUGUGUGUGUGUGUGUGUGUGUGUGUGUGUGUGUGUGUGUGUGUGUGUGUGUGUGAGUUUCGUAUACAUAGUAAUCGCAGUAAAGCAUCGGGGUAACUUCUUCCCACGGAAUAUGCUUAUCUUACAGAUGAACGCGUUACAAUCCAUCACUGUUCCUUGCCACAAAUGUUACAGGGACACGUUACAGUUAUUCAGAUAAAUGCAAGCCAUUCUAUCUUGAGGCGUACUAUGACUAAUGUCUUUGUAGCAUCUUGUUGCAGGAUGUAGCUUAGCUGGGUAAGAUUUUUAAAUUUCUAAAAAACUAGACUAUCGAAAUAUGUCGUGUUUUAUAAUGCAAUAAAAAUUACAGAUAA